AUGGGCGUCCCUUCGUUUCGUGUUUUCCAGCCCUUCUUCUUCUCCGUGCUCACCGUUGCUCUCCUCGCUUCAAAGCUGCUCCAUCUGUUCCUGCAUGCCCGCUCCAUUCCGCUGCUGCAUUUCGUCGUCUACCUCCCGACCUUCUUCCUCCAGGAUUGUUUCCUCCUCGUAAGCCAGCGCCUGCUGCUGCAUGGCCAGAGUCGCAAUAUCACCUCAAUCCUUGGCCUCUGCAUAGGUGGUUUUCUUGCGACCAUCUCUCUCGGUGCCGCAGCGUCACAGUUCGGGUUUUAUUAUGUCACCGGCGGGGAGUUGCAAUGGGAUGCAGCCGGGAGCGUGGCCAGCGAUCCUGCUGCCAUGAGGCUGAUGAUGAGUGGAAUCGUGCCCGUCUGCGUUGCGGGCCUGGCCUUGGUCUUCGCCUCGUUGGCGAUUACGCCCGUCUCCUAUAACAAAACCGGCUGCUGGCUGGUAUCGAUAUCCAAGUUCGCUUCAUCGGCCAAUUGGGACACGAUGCUCCCCCUUGCUCGGGUCAAAACGGAAUUUUCAACCCAGAGAGUCGUUCGGCUGUGGCCCCUCUGUGGCUUGACUACCCUCUGCGCCUUGGCGUUUUUGGUCUUCCUUCGACCGGCCAUUCCUUACAAUCAUAUUUCGGCUUCCUUGCCAGUCGCAUUGAGCAGCACGAUGCAUUCCAAGACGAAACCCUGUGCGGGAAGCUAUUCCCUUACUAAUAAAUCGUUUCCGAGACCUAAUCUGAUCGAGCCGGAUCGUUGGAUUCUGCCAAAAGAUAACUUCAAGGGCUGGGCCCCGGGAAAGGUUAAUGCCUUUAUUCGACAGUACUCUGCGAGGACACGGAGCUGGAUUCCAGAUGCCCUCCCAGACGGGUUUGAACGCUGGGACAAGCAAGCGGUAAUGGCUAUAGAAAAACAUGAAAACGACACAAUGCCCGCCCAAGAUGGAAAGAACAUGUGCUUGGAUCAGAGUAGAACACACUACUACAACCCUGUUGCAGAUCCGCUGAGGAUUUCGAAUCUCAAUUUAGAACCCUAUGAAGCGCUCAGACACGCGCUCAAGGAUAUCCUGAUAUCACAUGUUGUCCUUGUUACAAUGGAGAGCUCGCGCAAGGAUAUGUUUCCCAUAAAGAAAGGCUCUCACCUUUACAAGGAGAUCCUUCGCUCUUACAAACCAAACCAACUCAACCAGAACAAAAUCGACUCCAAGCUAUCACAGCUGACUCGUGUCGCGGAACAAGUCACUGGAGAGUCAUUUUCCAGCUCUCCAGACAAGCAGCCCGACCUCUUACCGGGAGUAUGGAAAGAUCAGUCUGCUCCCGGCAUGGGUGGUAUAAACGUCGUGGGCGCCCUCACUGGGAGCAGCCUUUCUUUCAAGAGCGUAAUAGGCAGCCACUGCGGUGUCGGACCGCUUCCAGUGGAUUUUCUCGAGGAGGUCAACGGGAAGAUCUAUCAGCCUUGUAUCCCACAGAUCAUGGAGCUUUUCAACAGGGAAAAGAAAACGUUCCAGAAGAAAGGCGUGAACGAAGCGUUGCUCGACCAUCGUGCAAGUGUGCAUCGUCGAGAAUGGGAAUCCGUCUUUGUCCAAUCCAUCACCGAUCAGUAUGACCGGCAGGAUGUGCUCAACAAGCACAUGAGCUUUGGAAAGUCCUUUACGAAGGAGACCUUGGAAAAUAUUUCUUCCAAGUACUAUCCACCGAAGACGCCUGAACUUAACUACUUUGGAUAUGCCGAAAGCGAGGUCAAACCCUUCAUCCGUGACGUGAUAUCGGAGACGAUUGCGAACAAUAAACGACUGUUCCUCUCGCAUUUCACCAGCACGACUCAUCACCCCUGGGCAAUCCCUCAAAAUUUCGCCGAAACGCAAUACAUGGGCUCGGAGGGUUCGCAUGAGCACAUGAACGCCUUUUUGAACGUUGUUCGUUACGACGAUAUUUGGCUCGGAGAGCUUCUUGCGCUACUGGAUGAACAUGGAAUUGCAAACGAGACCCUCGUGGUCAUUGUUGGAGACCAGUAA